AUGAGGUCGCUGCGAGCGGCGCAGACCCUGGUCUCCCGUUCCCUCCUCUCCGCGCGCCAUCUAAACGGCGCAGCCUCCCCCGCCACGGCCGCCGCCGCCGCUGGCGCGCGGUGGUGCGCCACGCCGGUGCCGGUGCCCCGUUCGCCGCUUCCAUUCUCGAGGGUGAUGCCUGCUGGGGUUGCCGGCGCAGUAUCCUUCUCCCUCACCUUCGCUACUGUUGCGGCGGCGGAGGCCAAGGCCAAGGAGCGGCCGCAGCCGGAUCUGUUGCCGCAGAACGUGGUGCUGUACCAGUACCAGGCCUGCCCCUUCUGCAACAAGGUCAGAGCCUUUUUAGACUAUCAUGAUAUACCAUAUAAAGUUGUGGAAGUUAAUCCAUUGAGCAAAAAGGAAAUCAAGUGGUCUGAUUACAAGAAAGUCCCAAUAUUGACAGUAGAUGGUGAAGAGCUUGUUGAUUCAUCAGAUAUAAUCAAUAUACUACAGGGCAGGAUCAACCCUGAUGAACUCACUAAUGAUGAGGAAGCAAAAUGGCGAAGGUGGGUUGAUGAACACCUUGUGCAUGUCUUGUCUCCUAACAUAUAUCGGACAACUUCAGAAGCUCUAGAAUCUUUUGACUACAUUGCAAAACAUGGUAAUUUCAGUUUUACAGAGAGGUUUGCCGUGAAGUAUGCUGGUGCUGCAGCCAUGUACAUGGUAUCUAAGAAGCUAAAGAAGAAAUAUAACAUAACUGAUGAGCGUGCUUCAUUGUAUGAUGCUGCCAAUACAUGGAUCGAAGCCCUGAAUGGAAGAGAAUUUCUGGGUGGCUCCAAGCCUAACUUGGCAGAUCUUGCCGUCUUCGGUGUUCUGAGACCUAUCCGGUACUUGAGAGCAGGAAAAGAUAUGGUUGAGAAUACUGAAAUCGGUGAUUGGUACCAACGUAUGGAAGUUGCAGUUGGAGAACCAUCAAGAAUACAGGAUGCAGAAGGAAACUAG